GCCGCCAGUCGGAAGCUGUGUGCGUCUCCGGCUCCGGUUCCCGGCCGGGCCCAUGCGGACUGCGGAGCUCGCUGCCCCCGGUGCGCCCUGGGCGCCCCGAGCCUGAGUGAGCCCCCAGCUGGCUGCGGGCCGGAUGGCGGCGGCGGCGGCCACGGGCGCUCGCUCCUGGUUCGGCGGCGGCGGCGGCAGCAGCAGCGGCGGCUCAGGCUCGGGCUCGGGCUCCGGCUCCCGUCUGGGAAGCCCGGCCUCCAGCCCCCAGCUCGGCGGCGGCGGCGGCGGCGGCAAGGGCCGCCCGCAGCCGGGCCACACGGGCCAGGGGCAGGGCGCCGGGCCAGGACAGGGACAGGAGCCGGGCCCCAAGCCCUCGGCGACCCCCGCAGCCCCUCCGGGCCACAGCUUCAGGAAGGUGACGCUCACCAAACCCACCUUCUGCCACUACUGCACUGACUUCAUCUGGGGGCUGGCCGGCUUUCAAUGCGAGGUCUGCAACUUUAUGUCUCAUGAGAAAUGCUUGAAACACGUGAAGAUCCCAUGUGCCUGCAUUGCUCCAAGCCUGGUCAGGGUUCCUGUUGCUCAUUGUUUCGGGCCCCCAGGACACUACAAGAAGAAGAUCUGCCUUGUCUGCAGAAAGUCGCUAGAUUUCCCUGCAUUUCGCUGUGAAGUUUGUGAGCUCUAUGUACAUGCCGACUGCAUCCCCUUUGCCUGCAGUGACUGCCGCCAGUGUCAUCAGGAUGGUCAUCAGGACCAUGACACGUACCACCAUCACUGGAGGGAGGGGAAUCUCUCUUCCAAUGCCCGCUGCGAGGUAUGCAAGAAGACCUGUGGGUCCUCAGAGGUGCUGUCAGGCAUGCGGUGUGAAUGGUGCGGCAUUCUGGCUCAUACCGCCUGCUAUGCUGUUGUGACCCCUGAGUGUACAUUUGGCCGACUGAAGAACAUGAUUCUUCCCCCUAACUGUGUGCGUUUGUCUUCUCGAAAUUUCAGCAAAAUGCACUGCUUUCGGAUAUCGGAGAGCAUCCAGACAGAGCCAGAUGAUGGUGAUGAUGCUGUGGACACUGGCCCAGCUCCAGGGUCACUGAAAGAAGCCCAGGUUUCUACAGACUCCGGCAAACAGACACUGAAGAUAUUUGAUGGUAACGAUGCCGUGAAGCGCAACCAGUUCCGGCUGAUCACCAUUCCCAGGAUUGCAAAGACAGAGGAGGUUGUGGAGGCAGCCUUGAGGGCUUAUUACAUUAAUGAGGACCAGCGAGAGUUUGAGCUCCAGACCUUGGCUCAGCAGGCUGUGGCUGAUAAUGCAUCUCACAAAAACGGAGGCCAGGAGGAUGCCAGUAACACUAGCAUCAGCCCCAUGUUCCGAGAAUCCAUUCCUGAAGCCUGGAUCAUUCGCGCUAAGCCCAAGGAUCAUGAAGUUAUAAAAAUUUACCCAGCUUGGCUGAAGGUGGGAAUGGCUUACGUCUCCAUCCGGAUCGACAAAGAGAGCACCGCUCAGACAGUGAUGAAAGAAGUUCUCCCUUUGCUGGGGAGACAGGCAGAAAGUCUCCAGAAUUUUCGAUUCGUGGAGGUGCUUAUGGGUAGUAAACAAGUUCAGCGGAUGACACUGACUGAUGAGGAAUUAAUUCUCAACAGACUUCAUGACAUCCGAAAGACUUCCAUACGUCAGAUGAACCAGACAAGAUUUUAUGUGGUAGAAAAUGGUGAUGCCACCACACAAGUGAACCUGUUUGUUGGAGGUCUGCCCACCCAGCUCUCUGCUGAAGAAUAUACUCAUAUCUUAAAGGAAGAUUUGGCUAUCAAAACCAAUCUGGUGUCGGUAACGCACGUUUACACAAAUCAAGGGGCUGUUGUACUUGACAUCUCCUGUUUUUCGGAGGCAGAGAGAAUAUAUAUGCUCAUUAAGGAUACAAUGGUCCAGGACAAACAGCUGAUGGGAAUUGUGAUGCCUGAAGUGAUGCACACAAAGCUGCCCCCAGACUGCUGCCCAGUCCUUGUGUUUGUGAACCCGAAAAGUGGAGGGCUGAAAGGCCGGGACCUUCUCUGCAGCUUCAGGAAACUGCUGAAUCCUCAUCAGGUCUUUGAGCUCACCAACGGUGGCCCUUUCCCUGGGUUUCACAUGUUCUCCCAAGUCCCCUGCUUCCGUGUCCUGGUGUGCGGUGGGGACGGCACUGUGGGCUGGGUGCUGGGAGCCUUGGAAGAGAUCCGGCACAAACUGGCAUGCCCAGAGCCUUCCGUGGCCAUCCUGCCCCUGGGCACAGGUAAUGAUUUGGGCAGAGUGCUGCGCUGGGGAGCAGGCUACAGUGGGGAGGACCCAUUCUCCAUUCUGGUGUCAGUGGAUGAAGCUGAUGACGUCCUCAUGGACCGAUGGACUAUCCUUCUGGAUGCUCAGGAUGUUGUCGAGAACACUGAGAAUGGGGUGGUUGAUUCAGAACCUCCAAAGAUCGUACAGAUGAACAAUUAUUGCGGAAUUGGAAUCGAUGCAGAAUUGAGUUUGGACUUCCACCAUGCAAGAGAAGAGGAGCCUGGCAAAUUUACUAGCAGAUUCCACAAUAAAGGGGUGUAUGUCAAAGUUGGGUUACAGAAGAUCAGUCACACCAGGAACCUCCACAAGGACAUCCGACUUCAAGUGGACCAGCAUGAUGUGGAAUUGCCAAAUAUCGAAGGGCUAAUCUUCAUCAACAUCCCCAGCUGGGGUUCUGGAGCUGACCUCUGGGGCUCUGACAAUGAUGCUCGGUUUGAGAAACCACGGAUUGAUGAUGGCCUGCUGGAAGUGGUUGGGGUGACAGGUGUUGUUCACAUGGGCCAGGUGCAGGGGGGAUUGCGCUCAGGGAUCCGCAUUGCCCAAGGCUCUUAUUUCCGGGUGACCCUCCUCAAGCCCAUCCCAGUGCAAGUUGAUGGAGAGCCAUGGAUUCAGUCCCCAGGCCACAUGAUCAUUUCUGCUGCUGGACCAAAGGUUCGCAUGUUGAAAAAGUCAAAGCAGAAGCCGAAAAAAGGAACUGGAAGCAUAAAGGAUGCCAAAACGGAGAGUGCAGCAGGAGUCCCAGAAGGAGAGAUCAAAUAGAGGAGAGUGUGGAGGCCAAGGCCUGGUGAAUGGCUCCCUGUGCACAGCGUGCCUGCCUGCACCCCAGGGCUGGGGCAGGGAAUUGCAGAAGGGAGGCUUACUGAUACACCAGGUCCAUCGCUGCCCUUUCAUCGUGUUUCCCAUGUGUUAAUUCCCAUCUGCCCUUUGCGCUCUUCAGCUUGGAAUUGUGUGCAUUCCGUGGCUUUUCAGAAACCUAUUCCUUAAUCUUGAGGUUUGCCAUAUUAAGAAGUUAGAAGAAAAAAACAAAACAUUAUCCCCAGUAUAGGUUUGGGGACCAGGUCACCCAUUGACUCGCGCCAAAAUCAAACUGUCCGUGUCUCCUUAUCCAUGGAAUGCAAUUUCUGGCCCUUUUUGUCAGGCACAUAGAAUGCCAUAUCCAGACAAAAAUGGGUUCUCGUGUACCCAGCUGCUCCCAGGAAAACAAGAAUCAGAAACGGUGUGCACAUCCACCUCCGUGACUGAGGCCAGACUCAUCUAGCAGCAGCCGGCUCUUUGUUCAGGUCUUGGUUGUGGAUGUUGGUGGCUUACUCUUUACAGUUUUAGCUUCGGUCACAUCUUGUCCAAAGCUACAGUUUGGUAGGACAAGUCAGAUGAAGGCCCUAACCAUAGCCAGUUCAUCCCUUCUGCCUCUGGAGUGUUUGUCCAGGACAGUCCCAUUUAUUAUGUCCCCGACCCCCAAAUGCCAGACGUGGUUGUGAUGAGAAUCUGUGGUCAGCAUGUACAUUGAUUCCCAAUUGGAUGACAGAAGAUGUCAUCUCCAGUGGAUGUUGUACACCAGUCUUUAAUAAUAGGCUCAAGGGCGCCAGAGACUCCAGUGUGGGGGCAGUAGUGCCAUUCAAUUAAAAUUAAAUUAAAACAGGAAAUACUUUCUGGAAAAGAUUUAGGGAAAGUGAAAAUAAUAUAGUUUCAGAAAAAUAAUGGGUAAAGGGAAGGAUUGAACCAAACACAGAAUUUUUUUGUCCUCUCUUUUGGACAAUAUUGAGCGGACUAAACACCAGUUAUCCCCCCCUAGACUAGAGGGCUUUUUGCCCUGAGAGCCAGGACAGGCCAUGUUACUCUAUAAUAGCUUUGUGGCUGCCCUCAUGGUCUUCCCUCUGCAACCAGUUUCUUGAAAGGUGUUUUCUUGCCCUCCCUCUUCUCUUCUUUUGGAGGUCUGGCCUCCUUUAGCAUCUUGACCACUGUGGGAGCUGAUUUGGUCAUAUAGACCAAGAAAUGAUAACUUCCCUAAUUUAGGGGACCGGCAGUGGGUGAUAGGAUUUCAUUUAUCCCACAAGAAUGCUAUUUCAGAAUGAAAAUUGGCACAAAGAAUCAGACAUUUCCCAUUGGGGAAAAAAAAAUUACCCAUUCUGUAAAUUUCUUUAUUUCUUGCCAAAUGUGUAGGGUUCUAGAGGGUAAUGAUGCAUUAAAAUGAGAAUGUUUGGGUUUUUUUUUAAUUUUUUUAAAACUCUUAUCUUCCAUCUUAGAAUCAAUACUGUGUAUUGGCUCCAAGGCAGAAGAGCAGUAAGGGCUAGGCAAUGGGAGUCAAGUGACUUGCCCAGGGUCACACAGCUAGGAAGGGUCUGAGGCCAGAUUUGAACCUAGGACUUCCCAUCUCUAUGACUGGCUCUCAAUCCACUGAGCUACUCAGCUGUCCCUGAGAAAUGUUUUCUGAAGAUCUCCAAGAGCCUCUCUAAUUACCAAUGAAAAGUCAUUAUUUUGUCUUAGUAGUUUUAAACCAAAUUCUUAGCCUGUGUCAGCAUAGGAAAAGUAGACCCCAAGUGUAAAGUUUUCUCAUGAGACCUAUUGUAAGCUGGACCAAGGGAGGAAACAGUUUGCAUGAGUGGUUGGGUCUUUCCUGCCCUAAUGGUACUGAUAGAUGUGUCCAUGUCUCUGGGCAUUCAGCUUCAGACCUGGCCACCUCCCUCAGGCUCAUACCCUGCCUCUCUAGGUUAUUAUCUGGACCAGUAGUCACAACGUGACAGGGACCAUUUUGGUGAAAACAUCCCACUGGGGUCCAUUCAGCGACUGUGGCUCUAUGGUGGGAGCCUAUUUGGUCUUCCUUAAAAUGGUGCUUUGGCUACAAGACAUUAGAGACCUGGGGGAACCUGGUCUCAUUUGUCAGAUGGAUGUCUCUAAAGUGUUGUCCCCCGGUGGAUAGGCUGUUAACAACAGAGAGGUAGGAGAGUCGCCAUUUUGCCAGAAUACAGGAUGGAUCCAUUUUUCAGGGCUAUGAAUGUUUUCAAGAAAUGGAUGAGGCAGACAGCUGACUUAAACUGCUAGGGUUUCAGUUACAAGUGCCUAGUUUACUUCAAAAUUGAGCUUUCCUCCCCUUUUCUUUCCUUUUUUUUUUGCUACAUUUAUAUAUGCAAAAUCCAACCCAAAACUUAGGUAGAAAUGACAAAAGUCUUCCUGUGCAGCCGGCCAAGUCCUCCACUUUCUUGUUAAUCCUGUAUUAUGGAAAGAUCCCUGCCUCUGGAGGUGGGUCCCAUCCUAUCCCUACCCUGACUCUCACCCCCACCCCUCUGCUUAGUAACUGUGGUCUUCUUCCUGAGCCUCAGUUGCCCCCUCUGGUAGUUUUUGAGGGACCAUUCUUGCCCCACAUAAUUGAUCCUGACAGUAUACAAGGAAUACAGAGAUAUUAAAUUAGAAGAAAUUAUCUACAAAUGCUUUAAAAUAAGAAGCAUGUUUUUUAUCAUCUCACAUUCUAUAUUUUGUGGUCAGUGUUUUUAUAUUUAAUAAGCUUCCUGGUACAACAGGGUACUUGAUUUCUCAGCAGUAAGGUCCACGUUGGGUAAUCCCUCCUGGAUAGAUGUCAGAGCCUGUCUGGAGUCACCCUCGUCUCUAGGGGAGUAGACAUGGAGGAAAGGUAGAGCUACUUAAGCUCGUGGACCUUGUUUCCCAGAGAAGAUCAGAUAAGGCACUUGGAAUUUUCCUGCCUGAGUCAGACAAACCCUAUAUUUAAGUGUUUCAACUUCUGUAUGAAAGUAGGUGGUUGUCUGUUCUGAAAGCUAAAACAAAUGAAACCCACAGUGAAAAUCAUUCUCCCCCCCCCCCUUUUAUUUUUUUAAAGAUUUUUUAAAAUCUCUCUUGAUCCAAUACAGUAUGCUGCGUUUAACCUUCCCUUGGCAUGUGGGAUGCUGGCACUUUUUCAUUUUUGAGAUGCUGCCCAUUACAGAACUGGAGAGAACCUUAGAAGAUCAUUGGGUCCAGAGAUGAAGGGGACGUCAUUUACCCGAGCUCCCAAAUGGGAGAGCCAAUCCCAGCUCUUUUGGCUCUUAAUCACAUGUUCUUUCUAUUCAUUAUAGCAGACUGCCUUCAGUAACCGAAAUUGAGAAACCUAUCUCCUACUUCUGGAGCAGGGAGAGGUGGGAAGGUUGCUGUGAUCACUGUCAUGCUGGAGGGGAUUAAAAAUGUUUGUUUAUAUUUUAAUUACUUUUUUUAAAAAACUCUUACCUUCUAUCUUAGUAUCUAUUCCAAAACAGAAGAGCAGUAAGGACUGGAUAACAGGGGUUAAGUGACUUGCCCAGGGUCACACAGCUAGGUAGCAGCUGAGGCAAGAUUUGAACCCAGGAGGCUGUAGCCUAGAGAGUAAUGUGAACAUGCUUAUAUAGUUAGGCUCUAGGACUCUCCUCCAUCCUUAAACAAACUGAGACCUUUCCUGGUCUCUAAUAUUGUACUCUCCUUUCUAAGAUCUUGAUGGGUUGAAUUGAGGGCCAAGCUGAGACCCAUCAGGGAAGUACUUAUUUAGAGGCCAAACAGUCCAGGAAAGUUGGACAUGAUCACCUUAAGUUAAUUUGACCUUAAAGUAUCUUUUGAUCCUGAAAAUCACGUAUAACAUUAUUUUAUUUUUCAGAAAUCCAAAGAUUAAUUCCUCUCUUCAUCUAUUUCAGGAAGGUGUUUUCUUCUUUAAGACAUUUGUGUUUUCAGACAUGAGAUUUAUAUUUUCAUGAAGUUGUGUGCCAAUGGCUGGGUCUCAGCUAGGGCCUAGAAGGGAUGGAACUUUUCUUUCAAUUCUUGUAUUCCCUGAAGUUUACAGAGAAUCCAUUGCAGCUCUUGGAACAUAGCCCCAUGUAUUUGGAACUCUUGGGAUCAAAAUUUGUGAGUCAGGACCAGACUUGGGCUGAAGUUUACUUAGGAAUAAAGCUUUGCUGAGUAACUUAGCAGUGUAAAUAAAUAUGUGAGUAGGGGCAGAGCAACUUUUAACCUACUUAAGAGAACAAUUGUUCUUAAGCACUUUAGAAGCACACAUUUACCAAUAGUUAACAUGCAAAUUGCUAAAAAUUUUACUAAUUCUAUGAAGCCGGCUACUUAUUUUGAGCCUAGUUCAGUUUCUGAAUGUACUUGAAAAUAAUAAGACUGAAUUUUUUUCUAAAAUUUUUUUCUAAUUUGAGUUGUUCACCAAUUCAGACUGGCCUUCCCCAAAGUUAAUCUGAACUUACUACAUCUGGAUUCCAUCGUUUAAAAGGAUAAAACGUAGUUUUUUCUUUGCCUUGUUACCUCUGAAAAAUAAGACCAUUUUUUAGAAGGUGUAAAGAUGAACAGGAUGAUACAGGGAAUGUCCUUCAAGAACCCUUGAGGGAAAAAUUUCUGUAAACUCCAGACUUUUGUCCUUACUAUUUCUGUUACAAAUUUUUUUUUUCUAUUUUAAAAGAUCAGAAAAUCCCUUUAUUGUGAAGACUCUAACUGGGCCAGUGGUCUGUAUAUAGUAGAUACUUAGGAAACAUUGAUGAACGACUGACAGAUUGUGUACUAUUCCCCCUUAUAUUUUGAACCAAACUGGUUUCUGGAGUUAACAGGCCAUUAUAAGCCCACAGGUGUGAAGACAAUGGCUUUCAGUAUUACUCAGAGGGCCCCUGCUUUCUCUGGAGGCCUUUCUUAAAAUAUGGGACAGAGAAUUUGAACUGGAGGCAGUCUCUGAUUGUGGAGAGAGCUGGGAUUGCUAGAUACUUCUCUGUCUAAAUCUAGAUCCUCUAGAGUGUUCAUUUCAUCAGCUGUUGCCAAUAAACUGUACAUGCAUUUUCUUAUUCUCCAAAGAAGUUUGGGUCCAUGAAGUUGUGGGCUUUGGAGAAUGCUUCGGAUGCUUUCCAUUUCUUAUGGUAAGAAAAGAAAGGGCUGACAACAAAACAAAAUAAAAAAAAAUUUUUUUAAGAAAAGAAUAGGCUGGACCAACUCUCUUAGAGAUAAACCAAGUCUGAGAAGCCAAGUGCCUCAGUAUAUGCUAACAUUGAUUUUAAGUGUUAAAGUGGAGCCAUGUAGCUGAUGCCAAGGAAUCGGUCCAAGUGGAGCAGUCAGCACCUUCCAGUUCUCAUUUCUUGCCUAUCCUCCCUUAAGCUUCUGCCAAACUCUGUAAACAAAUUAAUUGUACCUGUAAACCAUUCCAUGAUGGAAUAGCAUUUCCUCAUCACGUGCCUCCAGUAUGAGAAUUCUCAUUGCAUAUGUUUACUUGCAGUUUUUAAUCUUAAAAAAAAAAAUUAAUGGUGUUAUUUGUUUCUACUUGUUGCUUGGCAAGCCACUGUGUGCUGGUUCCUGAUCUAUAAGAAUUAUUGUUUCUAACGUGUAGUCAAUGUACAAAGAAAAUUAAGGUGAACUUUUUCUUUUAUAUUUAAGUAUGAGUUUUGUCUUCAUGUCCCUAGACUGUUUCUGUAUAUAUUUUGCAUUGUAGCUGUGUGGUGGUUUUCUUUGGACUGCACUUUGCACUGACCCAAAUUCUGAACUCUAUGUAUAAUUUAUGGGUAUCAGAGAUAGAGAAUAAUUUAUAUCUGUGACAAAUACAGUACUGGUCAUUUCCAUUGUA